ACCAGAAAUCUAAUAAUGAUGUUGAAGAAACUUGUGUUCCUUUUGGCACUGAUGGUUGUCGCCGCGGCCGCCGCCCGGGGGCGGGACAUCCAACACCACCAGAAAGAAUCUAAUCCCUCCACCGAUCGCCUCAUCGAAAUGGCCUGCGCCGACGACUCCAACUGCAUCUCCAUUGUCGAAACCGCGCCUGAAUCUGAAAAGUCUAACGCCACCGCUCUCACCUUCUUCAUCCUCAGGUACGUAGAAGAUCAGGCGGUGAACGUGUCGAAACGCGUGAGGGCAGCGAAGGUUUCUUCGCUGCCUCCGAUGCUCCAAUCGGCGGUGGCGGAGUGCCGGGAGCAGUACAACUCGGUCGACGACUUGAUCGACGACGUGGUCGACGCGAUGGAGUCCAAUUCCCGCAGCGACGCCGUCGAGAUCACCAAAGCCGCCAUCGGCAACAUCGACCAGUGCCACUCCCAUCUCGUUGCCAACAACGACGAGGAGCGGGCCGAGGACAAAUCCGACGACGACGACAAGGAGGACGUCCAGUGGUCCGCCGAUUUGGCCAAGUCUAAUCUCCUUCUCAAGAAAUUGCUCGGCGCCGCACUCAAUAUCCUCAAGAAAAAUUGAAAAAACAAAAAGACACUAAUCCGCAUGUAAGAAUCGAAUAUGAAAUUCGAAGAGCAGCGGCGGCGGAUUAUCGUACUAUAGAAUUUUCAUGUCUUAGUUUUUGUUACUGUCUUUCCUAAUUUUGAUUAUUGUUUUAACAAUUGUAGUAUUGGUUAGAUCUAAUCCGUUCAAUUAUGGACACG